ACAUAUUCUAGUUAGAAAGUGAAUUUUUACUUUGGAUUUUUUUUUUCUUAUCGUACAAAAUAAAUAAAUAAAUACACCAUUUUUUUAAGGGAAGAAAAUAUUUGCGAUUAAUUAUGCAACAAAUAUGCAAACAGCAUCACCAUAUUCGAUGCAUCAUAAAAUCACACUUUUUCACAGUUCUCUCCUCUGAGUGCUCAGUUAUGAGUGUGCUCUCGUGAACCCCAGAGCCUCUCUCACUGUUGCUUUGACUCACCAAAAUCUCUGUCUUUCUCUCUCUCCUACACACUCAAUUUACUCUCGUUCAACCGAACAAAUUCGCUUUUUUGGACGCUAAUUUUAUUUCCUCUGACGGAGUAAAUCGUCGAAUUCACAGUGAGAUCAAGAGUCAAUACUCAUGGGAAGUUCGGUAGAGCACAGUUCUGAUGAAGAUACUGAUGUUAGCGACUCUGAGACUGAGGAGUAUGCAGAGAAGGCAUACGAAGAACUGAAGAAUGCUAAACACCAGGUUAAAUUAUCUGAUCAGGCUUACAGUUGCCCGUUCUGCCCUACAAAGAAAAGAAAGGACUUUCAGUAUAAAGAACUUUUGCAGCAUGCAAGUUCGAUAGGCAGUUGCAGUUCACAGAAAAGGACUGGAAAAGACAAGGCAAAUCACCUUGCUCUAGCUAAGUACUUGGAAAGUGAUAUAGCUUCUGAAGGUGGCCCUUCAAAGCCUUCUGAUGAAGUUGAUGCUCUUGCAGACCAGGAUCGUGAUGAGAUGUUUGUCUGGCCAUGGAUUGGCAUCGUUGUCAACAUCCCUACUAGCCUUAAGGAUGGUCGUUAUGUGGGGGAGAGUGGUAGUAAAUUGAGGGAUGAGUUGGCAAGUAAAGGAUUUAAUCCAACUAGGGUGCGACCUUUGUGGAAUUACCAAGGCCAUUCUGGAACUGCAAUUGUUGAAUUUCGUAAGGACUGGUCUGGAUUUACGAAUGCCAUGUCUUUUGAGAAAGAUUAUGAGUCAAAACAUCAUGGAAAGAGGAAUUGGCUGGUAAAGAACGAAAAAAAAUCUGAUCUGUAUGGAUGGGUAGCUCGUGCAGAUGAUUACAAUUCUAAUAACAUUGUUGGAGAAAAUCUUCGUAAGAUAGGGGAUAUUAGAACCAUAUCAGAUCUAAUGGAAGAAGAAGCCCGGAAGACAAACAAGCUUGUAGACAAUUUAGAGAAUGUUAUUGAGGCAAAGAAAAUGCACUUGCUAGAGAUGGAGAGUAAAUACAUGGAGACCGAAAGCUCUCUAAGUCAGUUGAUCAAGGAAAAGGAUAAUCUUCAUCAAGAGUAUAAUGAAGAGAUUAGAAAGAUUGAGUCAAGUGCCAGAGAUCAUUUUAAGAGGAUAUUCAGCGACCAUGAGAAGCUAAAAUUUCAACUGGAAACUCAAAAGAAAGAUCUUGAGAUCCGUGGUCAAGAACUGAUGAAGCGUGAGACGCACAAUGAAAUUGAGAGAAAAAAGCUAUCUGAGGACCUUGAACAGAAUGCAGUGAAAAAUUGCUCCCUGCAAGCUGCUGCUGAGGAACAAAGAAAGGCUGAUGAAAAAGUAAUGAGGUUGGCAGAUGAACAGAAGAAACAAAAGGAGGAGCUCCAUAAGAAAAUCAUUAAUUUGGAGAAACAAUUGGAUGCAAAACAAGCAGUACAACUUGAAAUUGAGCAGUUGAGAGGUAAAGUGAAUGUUAUGAAGCACAUGGGAGAUGAAGGUGAUCAAGAAGUGUUAAAGCAAGUUGAGUUGCUGCUGAAAGCCAUGAGGGAGAAGGAAGGAGACCUUGAAGACCUGGAAGCGUUAAACCAAAGUUUAAUUGUGCAGGAGCGCAAGAGAAAUGAUGAGCUACAGGAUGCUCGGAAAGAAAUGGUUAAUGGCUUGAAAGACAUGACAAUACAUUCUCAUAUUGGCGUGAAGAGGAUGGGGGAACUCGAUACCAAGCCAUUUCAUGAUGCAAUGAAGAGGAAGUAUAAUGAAGCUGAAGCAGAUGAGAGGGCCACAGAAUUGUGCUCUCUGUGGGAGGAGUAUCUUAGAGAUCCUGGAUGGCAUCCUAUAAAAAUAGUCACCAUUAAUGGGAAGUUACAGGCUGUGAUAAAGGAUGAUGAUGAGAGACUGAGAGACGUGAAGGAGAACUACGGCGAGGGAGUUUACAAUGCUGUGACGGCAGCUCUCUGCGAGAUAAACGAAUACAACCCGAGUGGGAGGUACAUUACUUCCGAGCUGUGGAACUACACCGAUGGUAGGAGGGCUACCCUCAAGGAAGGCGUCACGGUUCUGCUGAAGCAGUGGAAGUUCCACAAGAAAAGGAGAGGGAUGGAUUGACGAGCGGAGGAGCACAUCCGACGUCCAUCCGUAGCCGGUAUGUUGUUGUACCAUUGACAUCUUCCUAUGCAAAUAAUUGAUCACGAACACCCUUAGCGUGGGAGACCCAAUUGCCAUCUAGCAUUUAUGGCCUGACUUCUUCAUCCCUCAGCAGUUAAUGAAAACCCAUUUUCUUAACUUCA